GUGGUUUUUGCGGGCGGUGGAAUCUUUGAGGAACAACUUUUUUUUACAAAUGUGGCUGCUCAUUCAGUAGCAAAAAUCGCUCACUCCUUCCUUCCAGCAAAUCGCUGGCCUGCCAAGCCGAACCAGCGUCAAUGUUGCCUUUUCCGAGACCCCUUGGUGUGGAUUAUUCUCUUCUUCACAUGAGCUUCUGUCCACAAAAGGGAUCGACGGACUGCGACAAUGUUUUCCUUUCCUUUCCCUAUGCCGCGAUGAGCGCUUUUUGCCUCCCCACCCAAUCUGUCACGUCUGGCGCCUGCUUGCGCGGGAAACAAGCAGCUCUGCCCCCGCCUUCCACAGUGGCAGCGCCUGCCUCCACACCGGCUCUGUUGCGGGCUGCGGGUGUCCGAGAUAUUUAUAUUGCCCCUCAUUCCCUCGCUGACCCGCACCGAUGCUGCAUCAGCGUCAGUCUUCUGCUCAUCUCUGCCAUGCUAUUUCGCUUUUCGCAAACCCUGGGUGCCAGACAAGACAAACAGCCAGCAGCUCCGCCAUUGUUGUUGCAGCCGCUGAUGCAAAGCUGUAUCUCCUGGGUGUCUUGGCCAGCUGGUCCUGGCACCAGUUUUCAUGUCCAUGGUCAAAGGCCAUCCAGAGGCAUAGAUGCGCCCAGAACACUACGUCAAUAAGGGCUACAUACGCCAGCAGCAGAAGUAUCUCAAAAUUAAAGCUGGUAUAACACUCCGCUAGUAUAGAUGCUGGGGUGCGCUUAGCAAUUGACCAAUAGCUCAAAGCUACACCCUGGUCAUUCGCUGCUAGAUACAAAGCUGGAGACAGCCUCUGCUGUUGCCCAAGCUAUAUUUAGCAUUGCAGCUCCCACAGCCAUGCAUAUGUAGGUGAUUGGGUCAAAGUGGAGCUUUACUAGCCUGUAUUCUCGGCUACCCCCUCCCUGCCAACGCACCUAAAGCACUUGUAA